UCUCUCUCUCUCUCUCUCUCUCUCCCUCUAAUGUUAUUACAAAAUUUAACGUUACAAACUAUCAAAAGAAACUUGAGAGAGAUGAACGGUAAAUUAAAAGGAUGAGCACGACCGGCGAAGUCGUCACUAUUUUUAUCGGUCAAGCUGGUACUCAAGUGGCAAGUGCCUGUUGGGAAUUACUUUGUCUCGAACACGGUCUCAGACCUGAUGGUUUUCUUCAACGUGGAUACAGAGCCGUCGAUCAACGUUACUACACGUUCUUUGGACCAACCGCGACAGGAAAAUGCACGCCCCGUACCGUGAUAGUGGAUUUGGAGCCAAGUGUGGUCGACGAGAUCAGAACCGGUGCUUACAGAAAUCUCUUUAAUCCGUCGUCGUUGAUAACUGGCAAGGAGGAUGCAGCGAAUAAUUUUGCAAGAGGAUAUUACUCGAUCGGUGGAGAGAUAAAAGAUCUCGUUCUAGAUCGUAUUCGAACCACCUGCGAGGCUUGUUCCCGAUUAUCCGGCUUCCUCAUCUUCAGAUCCUUUGGCGGUGGCACUGGUAGCGGCUUAACUACUUUGCUGCUGGAAAAUCUCUACGUGGACUAUGGGAAAAAAUUGAAAUUGGAUUUCGCAAUUUAUCCAGCGCCAAACAUAUCCACAGCCGUCGUCGAACCUUAUAAUUCCGUACUAACGACUCACGGGACUCUAGAUUACGAGGAUUGUUGUUUUAUCGUCGAUAACGAAGCUUUGUACGAUAUUUGUGCGAGGAAUCUGAACGUGGAAAAUCCGACUUACACGAAUCUCAACAGAUUGCAAGCUCAAGUAGUAUCCAGCAUCACGGCGUCGAUAAGAUUCGAAGGUUCGGUCAACGUCAAUUUGGAGGAGUUGCAGACGAAUUUAGUACCUUAUCCAAGAAUUCAUUUCCCCUUGGUAACGUAUGCUCCCAUAACUACGCCCGAAAGAGCAAUGAACACGACCAUGUCCGUUCAACGGAUCACGUACGAUUGCUUCGAGCCUGCUAAUCAAAUGGUAAAGUGCGAUCCUCGUACGGGUAUUUACAUGAGCUGCUGUCUGCUUUAUCGCGGUGACGUAAGUCCGAGUGACGUUAAUAACACCAUCGCUAGUUUGAAGGGUAAAAGGUUCAUACGAUUCGUUGGUUGGAGUCCGGCAGGAUUCAAGGUAGGAAUUAAUUAUCAGCCAUCCACGACGGUUCCUGGCGGUGAUUUGGCCUAUUCGAACAAAACUGUAACGAUGUUAUACAACAACACGGCGAUUCGACACGCUUGGGUCAGGAUUGCACGGAAAUGUGACUUGAUGUAUCAGAAAAGAGCUUUCGUUCAUCACUACGUUGGCGAAGGUAUGGAAGAGAAAGUCUUCCAAGAGGCUAUAGACAAUACAGCUGCCCUCGUCGAGGAUUACAAAGAGGUCGAAUUAUGACGCAUCAACGUUUUCUUCGAUCUCGUAAAAUAAAGUCGAUCUCGAUGGAAAAUAUCGAACAACGAAGUCACAAACGGGAACUAUAUGUGAAGUUCGCAUGGUUGCGUCCGAGGACCGACGUUAUCACCUUCGCGAGUAUCUUUCGAAUGAGACGACGUCGCCACGACUCGUGUUUGGAAAUCGCAUUUUCAACGAUCGAUUGGUAUAGAAAAUAAACGUGUUAACAAAAAAAUAUACUAAUUACCUUUAA